AUGCACUUCAAGUCAUACGUCGCAGCUGCCCUCUACGGCCUGCCUAUUCUGGCAAACGCGGCGCCGUCUGCUUCGACCGCGUCAAGCAGCUCGUCCGCAGAUUCAGCUCACUUCAAAGAGUACACGAUCAAAUCGGAGAACAUCACCGUCACACUUAUCCCUUACGGCGCGCGCCUCACCUCAGUUCUGGUUCCUGACCGUAAUGGCAACACACAGGAUGUCUUAGUUGGUUAUGACAACCCGCUCGAGUACCUGCACGAUUCCGAGACCAACCACACCUUCUUUGGUGCUGUCGUGGGUCGCUAUGCCAAUCGCAUCAAGAAUGGUACCUUCUCCAUUGAUGGCAACACCUAUCACAUUCCAGAGAAUGAGAAUGGUGGCAAGGACACCCUUCACGGUGGUUUUAUUGGCUAUGACCAGCGCAAUUGGACAGUCACUGCUCAUGACUCUUCGUCUAUCACCUUCAGCCUCUUGGAUGAGGCCUGGCAAGACUUCCCUGGCGAUGUCAUCUCGCACGCCCAGUUCAGUGUCUCCACUGAGAAGUCGCCCGAGAACCCCAAGGGAUUGCCCCAGCUGACCACCAAGCUGAUCUCCCUGGCCCUGACCACAAAGACCCCAAUCAUGCUCGCCAACCACCUCUACUGGAACCUCAACGCCUUCAAGGAGGAGACCAUCCUGGAGGAUACCUACCUGUCAAUGCCCCUGUCCCAGCGCUUCAUCGGCGGUGACUCCCUCCUGAUCCCCACCGGCGAGAUCCUCGAUGUCAGCACUGCUUACGAGGGUGCCCUGGACUUCACCGAGCCCAAGCUUGUUGGCCAGGAUAUCAACAAGACCGCCGGCCUCUGCGGCGGUGGUUGCACCGGCUACGAUACCUGCUUCAUCCUCGACCGCCCCGCCGCCUACGCUGCCGAGAACUCGAUGGUCCCAUCUGUGCGCCUGGCAUCUGAUACCACUGGUAUCAGUCUCGAUGUUGCCACCAACCAAGCUGCUCUGCAAAUCUACUCCUGCAACGGCCAGAACGGUACCAUCGCUACCAAGGAGUCGCAGGCCAAGCGCAACAAGGAGCAGGAUGGCAGUGCCGGCGCUGGCUUCGUCAACAAGUACGGCUGCCUUGUCAUUGAGACCGAGGACUGGAUUGAUGGUAUCAACCAGCCUGAGUGGGGCCGUGACCAGUACCAGAUCUUUGGUGCUGACGAUGGUCCUGCCGUUAACUGGGCUACUUACCAGUUUGGUACUUACUAA